UAGAUAGAUAGAUAGAUAGAUAGAUAGAUAGAUAGAUAGAUAGAUAGAUAGAUAGAUAGAUAGCACCUGUAUCUUGGAAAAUCGUUGGCCAAUAGCAGCUGCUCUUAAAUCCCGGGCUGCGCCUGUGACGCAAGUCUUCACAGACUCCAGCGCUGUGGGCGGGGCAUCAGAGACUCCAGAGCUGUGGGCGGAGCUUGACAGAGCGAGUUGUGGAUCCACGGCGCGCGGCGACUGAUGCCAACUGGAAUUGACGCUCACCAGUUCAGCGAAUGGAUAUAUAUGACAAAUCUAUAUAACUUGGUGCCCACCUGGUGACUUGAAUAUUCAGUGACUGAUCAAACCAGGAUGAGAGAAGACACACGGAGACAUCAAAUCCAGAUGGCUUUCCGAGGACACCUAGUUUGUUGGAAUACUCGCUGUUUGCACCCCUGAGGAAUAAAGCCUGUUUAUGGGACAAUCUGGAUAUUUUUCCUGAAGAUUUUGCCAUAUUUUGGUGUUCUUUAGAAAGAAGAACAUGGCCAGAAACUCAUUUCGUGGGUCUAAGUACAGGGCGGAGGUCAAUCAUGAUAGAGAUUUUGGCUGCACGCUUAAAGAGCUACGCUCUCUUAUGGAACUCAGAGGGACAGAUGGAUUACAGAGAAUUCAGGAAUGCUAUGGAGAUGUUCAGGGACUCUGCUCCAGGUUAAAAUCAUCACCAACAGAGGGUCUAAGUGGUCAUUCUGAUGACAUUGCGAGAAGAAAAGAAGAAUUUGGAAAGAAUUUUAUACCUCCUAAAAAGCCAAAGACUUUCCUUCAGUUAGUAUGGGAAGCAUUGCAGGACGUGACUCUAAUUAUUUUGGAAGUUGCAGCCAUAAUAUCUUUAGGCCUUUCCUUCUAUAAACCUCCUGAUACAGAGAGAGAACACUGUGGUAGGGCAGCUGGAGGACUUGAAGAUGAAGGAGAAGCAGAAGCGGGCUGGAUCGAGGGAGCCGCCAUCCUGUUGUCCGUCGUCUGCGUGGUACUCGUGACAGCGUUUAAUGACUGGAGUAAAGAGAAGCAGUUUCGCGGGCUACAGAGCCGCAUUGAACAGGAGCAGAGGUUCACCGUGGUCCGAGCCGGGCAGGUCGUUCAGAUUCCCGUAGCCGAGAUUGUUGUUGGAGACAUCGCUCAAGUUAAAUAUGGUGACCUCCUUCCUGCAGACGGUGUGUUAAUCCAAGGCAAUGAUCUAAAAAUUGACGAGAGCUCCCUUACCGGAGAAUCUGACCAUGUCAAAAAAACUCUGGAGAAAGACCCUAUGCUUCUUUCAGGCACACAUGUGAUGGAGGGCUCUGGCAAGAUGCUAGUGACUGCCGUGGGCAUCAACUCUCAGACCGGCAUCAUCUUCACUCUGCUCGGAGGAGGGGGAGACGAGGACAGUGAGAAUAAAAAAGAGGAGAAAGAGAAGAAAAAGAGGGAGAAAGAAGAAAAGAAGAAAGAACAGGAGAGAAAAAAGAAGGAGAAGAAAGAGAAAAAGAAAAACAAAAAGCACGAGGAAACAGAAAGAAAGAAAGAUAAGGAUGGAGGCAGGGUGGAGAUGGACCCCCUUCACAGCGACGAUGAAAGUGAAGAUGAAUUGAAAAAAAACAAGAUACCAAAGAAAGAGAAAUCAGUACUUCAAGGAAAGCUUACCAAACUAGCCGUACAAAUUGGAAAAGCAGGUCUCUUCAUGUCAGCCAUCACGGUCAUCAUUCUUAUAGUUCUCUUUCUGGUGGACACCUUUUGGGUUCAGGGGCUUCCCUGGAUCAAAGACUGUACUCCCAUCUACAUCCAGUUUUUUGUCAAGUUCUUCAUUAUUGGUGUCACUGUGCUGGUCGUCGCCGUGCCCGAGGGUCUCCCACUUGCUGUUACCAUCUCAUUGGCUUAUUCUGUAAAAAAAAUGAUGAAGGACAACAACCUGGUGAGACAUCUGGACGCUUGUGAGACGAUGGGCAAUGCCACUGCAAUUUGCUCUGAUAAAACAGGCACUUUAACCAUGAAUAGAAUGAAAGUGGUUCAGGUGUAUAUCGCAGACAGACACUACAAGAAGAUUCCAGAACCUGAUCUGAUUCCAGGCAGAGUCAUGAACCUGCUCAUCAAAGGCAUCGGUGUUAACUGUGCAUACACUUCCAAAAUCAUGCCUCCUGAGAAAGAUGGCGGUCUGGCCCGUCAAGUUGGGAACAAAACCGAAUGUGCCUUGCUGGGUUUUUCCCUUGACUUAAGAAAAGAUUACCAAACUAUUCGCAAUGAGUAUCCUGAGGAAAAACUGUACAAAGUGUACACCUUCAACUCGGUCAGGAAAUCCAUGAGCACAGUCUUGAAAAACUCUGAUGGAAGUUAUCGUAUGUUCAGCAAAGGAGCUUCAGAAAUUCUUCUUAAAAAGUGUUGUCAAAUCUUGUCAACCAAUGGUGAUGCCAAAGUCUUCAAGCCCAGGGAUCGAGAGGACGUUGUGAAAAACGUGAUCGAGCCCAUGGCCUCAGAGGGCUUGAGGACCAUCUGCUUGGCUUACAGGGACUUUCCCAUCUCAGAUGGGGAACCUGACUGGGACAAUGAGACGGAUAUCUUGACCGGACUCACCUGCAUUUGUGUAGUGGGCAUUGAGGAUCCUGUUCGACCAGAGGUCCCAGAUGCUAUUAAGAAGUGUCAGCGAGCAGGCAUCACAGUGCGCAUGGUCACCGGGGACAAUAUCAACACAGCCCGAGCCAUUGCAACCAAAUGCGGCAUUCUCCAUCCCAGUGACGACUUCCUGUGUAUUGAGGGCAAAGAGUUCAACAAGCGGAUACGCAAUGAACUGGGAGAGAUUGAGCAAGAACGCAUAGACAAGAUCUGGCCUAAGUUACGAGUGCUUGCAAGAUCUUCCCCCGCCGAUAAGCACACACUGGUGAAAGGUAUAAUCGACAGCACCAUUGUUGAACAAAGACAAGUAGUCGCCGUUACAGGAGACGGAACCAACGAUGGCCCAGCUCUAAAAAAAGCCGAUGUCGGAUUUGCAAUGGGUAUUGCUGGUACAGAUGUGGCCAAAGAAGCAUCAGACAUUAUCUUGACAGAUGAUAACUUCACCAGCAUUGUGAAAGCUGUGAUGUGGGGGAGAAAUGUCUACGAUAGUAUCUCCAAGUUUCUUCAGUUUCAGCUGACGGUCAACGUUGUGGCUGUCAUCGUGGCAUUUACUGGAGCUUGUAUCACACAGGACUCCCCACUCAAAGCUGUGCAGAUGCUGUGGGUGAAUUUAAUCAUGGACACGUUUGCGUCGCUGGCGUUAGCGACGGAGCCUCCCACCGAAGCUUUGCUGUUACGGAAACCUUACGGUCGCAACAAGCCCCUCAUUUCCCGAACCAUGAUGAAGAACAUCCUUGGAAACGCCGUAUAUCAGCUGACCAUCAUCUUCACCCUGCUGUUUGCCGGUGAGCAGAUAUUUGACGUUGACAGUGGUAGGAACACACCACUGCAUUCUUCUCCUUCGGAGCACUACACCAUCCUCUUUAACACCUUUGUGAUGAUGCAGCUCUUCAACGAGAUUAAUGCUCGGAAGAUCCACGGAGAGAGAAACGUUUUCGAGGGGAUCUUCAAUAACUUAAUCUUCUGCACGAUUGUGUUCGGGACAUUUGUUAUCCAGAUCAUAAUUGUGCAGUUUGGAGGGAAGCCUUUUAGCUGCGUAGGUCUCAGUGUUGACCAGUGGCUUUGGUGUGUCUUCCUUGGCUUCGGUUGUCUUUUGUGGGGUCAGUUGGUUACUACUAUUCCCACGAGCCGACUGAAGUUCCUGGUGACAGCAGGUCAUGGAACACAGAAGGAAGAGAUCCCUGAGGAAGAACUGGAGGAGAUGGAAGACCUGGAUGAAAUUGACCAUGCUGAGAUGGAGCUCAGAAGAGGACAAGUUUUGUGGUGUAGGGGUCUAAACAGAAUUCAGACACAGAUACGUGUGGUUAAUGCUUUUCGAGAUGCCAUGUCACCCUACGAAGGCCUGGAGACGCCAGAGUCUCGCAGCUCCAUCCACAACUUCAUGAGCUACCCGGAAUUCCGUAUUGAGGAUUCUGUAAUAACCAUCCCACUCAUCGAUGACACGGACCCUGAGGAUGAUGCGCCUACUAAACGCAACACUGAUCCUCCCUUAAUUGCUCCGGUUUCAUCCUCAGCUAAUCAGAACAAUAAUGCCACUAAUAGCAAGGCCUACCAUCACCAUCAAGAUCUAGCAAAGACCAUCUACCCACAGGCUCCUGGAAGUCCACUUCACAGCCUAGAGACUUCACUUUAAUCCUUUACCAAAAAUAUGUGAAGACCACGUCAACAACCACAUGCGAGGGAGAAUUAUGGACAUUGGUUUUGGUCCUGUGUCUGCCUGGAGACCUGGCAAUGGUAGCAAAACUUGACAGUAUUGCAUCUUAAAAAACAACUAAUUUAUUUUAUUUAUUACUUCCCCUAGAUCUUUUUCAAUUAAAUAAUUUGAUAUGAGGUUUACUUGCUGUUGUUAUAGCUGUAUUUGUUUGCAGUUAAGGAAAGUUCUUAUUUUGGGAUUAAGAUGUAGUUGCAUUGCAUUGUGAACAUACAAACACUUUUUUGAAAGUGCACUAUUUGCCUUAAAAAAUAUGAUUUUUCUUUUAAGAAAGAUAGGAAUCGUUAGAAGGUCUAAAUUACUGUAAAUUGAGAAUUUAUAUACAUGUAAUGCUUUGCCAUUACAUAAUUCUAGAUGUUAUGGUAUAUCUGUUACUGUUGGAUGCAGUCUUCUUAUAUAAAUAAUACAUUUAAUAAAUAUUACACACUGAACAUGAAUUAAUGUUAUGAAAUAUUAAUAAUAAUUUAUUAGAUUUACAGUGUUACAUUCUGGGAAAACAUUUCUUACUUUUCUUUUUUUAAAUGAACCAAAUAAGGACAUAUGGUAUGUAGUUCAAGGUAGCUACAAUAAAAUUUACAAUAAUCAUUUACAGUUACAGUUAUAGGUUUUUUGGUGUAUUUAUCCAUUUUGGCCCAAUUAUAUUUAUCAAUUAUUAUAUCCCUAAAACAACAGACAUCAGCACAAAUAAGCAACACAAGAUGCAACUGUAUAAAAUAGUGUAAUGAAAAUGUGUGUUUUUGUUGGAGAUACAGUUAAUUGUGGGUACAUUUAUAGAGGACAUUUUACAAGACUUUUUAAGAUGUCAAAUAAAUAUUUGGUGUUCCCCAGAGUAUGUACUUGAAAUUUAAGCUCAAAGUACUAUAUAGAUAACGCACUCAAUGGCAGUGCAGUGGUUGGAUAGUGCAGAUUAAGGGGCGGUAUUAUCCCCUUCUGACAUCACAGAGGGAGACAAAUUUCAACCUAUUUUUUGCUUGCAGAUAAUGGUUUACCAAAACUUAGUUACUGGCUUGAUCUUUUUCACAUUUUCUAGGUUGAUAGAAGCACUGGGGACCCAAUUAUAUCACAUGGAAAAAGUCAGUUUUGUGACAUGUCCCCUUUAAAUUAUUUCAACUGAAUUAACGAGAGGACAUAGCCUCUUUUUGGAUGUAUACACAAUAAACAAUAUAGAGUAAGGUUAACAAAAGAGCUGAAUAUGAAAGAGUUGUUGUGAAUUUGUUGGUCAAUUUUGUUUGUUUUGCUGUAGUUUCAUUCCUCUUUUGGGAAUGAAUAUUUUUCCAUUUGUUUAUGGAAUAUGAUUUUUUAUUGUAAUUAAUGUCUGGUUAUCUAAGAAUAUGUAAAUAGUUAUUGUGAUUCAAUUUACAUUGUAAAGUCUUCAAGUUGUGUAUAUGGUUUUUGUCAAUAAAUAUUAAUAUUUA